AUGAGUCAUACAAAAAAUGGUAGCUCCCGCAGAAGUGGACGCAGUCGGUCACCGAAUCAAGUGACCCGACAAAGGGCGAGCAGUCGCCAUGACGAUGACCGGGAAGACAGCCGAGGCCGAAACAAGCAUGGUACUACUACAUCGGCUAGUAGUAGUGCUAGUGGCCAUCGUCGCAGCAGUCGUCCCGAAGCUACCCGCAGUCAGAGCCGUGGUCCAAGAUCGUCCCAUCACGAUCGUUCUCGAUCUGGCAGCAAUCACCAGCGAAAGCAGCAUCAUCAUCACCACCAUGAUAAUAACAAUGACUACUACAGUGAGAGUGAGGGGAGUGAACAUUCCUUUGUAGAAGAAGAACAAGUACAACCAGCAGAAGAAGCCCCCCGAAACAAGGGUCGUCCCUCGUUGGCCCGUCCCGGCAUGUUGGCCCGUGCCACCAGUAUUCGACGCAACAUGAGCGGAACUGGUUCGACCGGCAUGACUGCUGCCAACAGUGCCAAUAAACGUAGCAUCCGUCGCAGCCGCAGCAUGGUCGGAUCCGUAUCCACCACCACCACCGAACCACCGUUAGCAGCCGAAGAAGGAUCCAACGAUCUCGCCAUGAGACGCGCUCGACGUCGCAUGAGUCAAAUGGGAGGAGCCACAGCCGAUGAUACCGUCGCUGCUGCCAAUCCCACCGCAGGCGGACGACCCACGUUAUCGAAAGAAUUGCAACGUCGACGUUCCCAACGUCGAUUGCAAGUGGAAGACUUGCAAAAGAAAGAACAACUGCAAGCGGCCGUCUUUGACAAGGCAUUGGAACGACGAAAGUCCAUGCGCUGUCUCAACCUGAAUCAAGACAAUAAUGAGGAUAUUCCGAGAGCGUCUACCCGUUCGUCCAAAGCAUCCGGCCGACGACCCAGUUUGGCAUCGUCAUCUCAUCAUCGUCGACAGCAGCAGCCACAGUAUUAUGACGACGAGGAUGAGGAUUCCCAAGACGAGUUUGGGGCAUCCGACUCUGACAACGAGGAAGAACAAGAAGAAGAACCCAAAAAGUCGUUUCCCAAAUUGGCGCCACCACCUCGUACCGGCUCGGGCAUCAGGACUCGGAGACCUUCCAUGGCUGCUGCUAGUGCUGGUGUCGACGAUGGAUUUGCCGACUUUGAUGCUCUGCAAAAGCAAGACCAAGAAUCGCAAGAACCAGAGCGUCGUCCGAACAACCAGAGGCACCGUUCCCGCUCUCCGUCCCGGCGUCUACGGCUACCAGAAGAACACAAGCAUCAGCAUCAACCCGAGAAUUACGAACCGGAAGAACGAAAGACGAGACGAACCAGUCAACCACGAUCGGCUGUUCUGCAAAAGGCCAAGUUGGGAAAAUCCCUCAAGGCAAAAGCCGAUUCGCAAAAGUACACCCUCCCUACAGACGGAACCAUGAUGAAGGACUCGUCCUACGAUAAUGUCAUUGACAUGCGCAGCAGCAGCAAACGGAGAGAUCGUUCGCAGGAAAGAUCGUCCUCCAAGCAUCAGCAGUCCGGUUCGAGUAGUCGGCGCGGCACUACUAGUACUCGCAAUAAAAUAUCCCUCGGAAUUCUCAAGCUGGGAAAAGGAUUGGAUGACGAAUCCGCACAAACCCAUACCACGGGCAGUACGGCAAACUCCACACUCAGCGGCAACAGUCGAGGGAGCAGGGAAUCGCAAAAGAACAAAAUGUUGGGUCUCAGCCAGCAAUUCCGACAAUCCAAGUCGGCGUGUCCCAGCAAUAACAACAAGAACACUACUACCAAUAGUAGUCAAGCCGUGGUUGGCACUGAUACUACUACUACUACCCAACAACAACAAAGAAAAAUGCAGCACUUGAUGGCGGACACUCCAUUCUUUUAA